CGAAGAUGGGUGGAUAAUGUGCAAGCAGGGGAUGGAGCAAGUGCUCUUUGAUAAGUACCUCCCUUCGAUGCCUGAUUCUCCUGGGGUUACUUCGGGUUGCGGUCAUCGUGUAUUGCGCUUCACGUGAGCUUUGUGUGGGAUUCAGCCUGGCAGUGGCAGAUCUUCUGAGUUUCUGAAGCAGAUGGCUUCUUCGGCUCAGGUGCCUGCGUCGAGCCCUGCCAGCCGCUUUGUGAAGGCCGUCGAGGAAGGAAAGCCCUGGAUUGCGGUGGACGAUCUUUGCCACCUCCUGGAUCCAAUCAACCCGGGAAACGGGUUCUCUGAGCAGGACUGGAAGGUUGCGGAGCUCAAGUCUACCAAGGCCUUCAGAAAGGUCUUGCGCUUCGUGAACGACGAUGAUGCGGUGCGCGCUCUCCUCUCUGUGCUGACCUCCUCACAUAGGGGGAGCCACGCAGACUGCAUAAAGCUCUUGUGGUGCAUAAGCGGGUUGUCGCUGGUCCCAAAGUUUGCGAAGCAGCUUACAGACUGCGGUGCUGCAGACGCUCUCGCCAACAUCUGCCCUCAUCACCUCGGGCUCAGCCAACCGGGGCUCCUCUCCGCAGCCGAAUGGGAGCGCGGGGAGUUCUUCCCGGUCACCAGGCUCUACCUCGAGCUAAUCGAGUUCCUUCUCAAAAACAGCCCGGGUUUUGCGGCGGGGGCCUUCGAGCACAGACUCUUCUCCCGGUUGAUGCGGCUCUCUGUGCUCGACCCCCAUCUCUUGCCGAGACUCUCCCCAAAGGCCGUCGGCGCCGGUGUCGCCUACGCUCAACGGCUCCUUCACACUUUUUUCGUCUUCUUCGAAGUGAAGCUGACGAACCAAGUGUUGGCCGAGGUCACCCUCUCCGAACUCGGUACCUGGCUCGAUCGUCACUGGGCCUUCACAGCGGUAGUCCAACGGAUUCUGCCCCCGACGGAAGCGAAAAGCUUUGUUACGUUUGCCGGCACCACCAUCUACUUCACGCUCACGCUCCUCUGCUCGCGGAACGAGGAGCGGGAGUUGUUCACACCGGCCCAGUUGGCCCGCGUUCGCGGGCGCGUCGAACGGUGUCUCGAGCUGCAAGGCCCCCCCGGGAAACCGGAGUUUCGGGAGAUGGUGGAAGACUGUCUUCGCAUGAUGGACACCGGGCAGAUGAACCAGCCCUCCCCCUUCGACACGAGCAACUUCUUCACGCCGCCCGCUCCCGGAGAACCGUCCCGGCAAGCGCGCGCCCAUAGGCUCCUCGCGAGUCUGGGUCCGAGCGCCAGCCACAAAAAAGGGAGGUUGCGGGAGCUGGUUGACGUCGUCGUGAGCUCCAAGUGGGUCCACUCGGACGGCGAGGAGCUGACACGUGGCGGCGCCCUGUGGACGCUCUUCCGGCUGCUGGAAACGGACGUCGCGAAACUAGAGCGGCAGCGCGCCCGCCCCGGGCCGUCGCGGACGGGGCUGGUCCUGCGCGCCAUGUCCUCGAUCCUCGGGGUCGGGACGGAGCUCCUUCUCCGUUCCGCCCUCUUCCGGACGGAAUCCCCGGACGGUCUUGAGGGCUUCGGACCGCGGCUCCUCGAGUGGGCGUUGCCGACGUUCGAAUCCCUGGCUCCCAUAAACCGCGCGGACGUUCUUCAGGUCCUUUUCGCCUCGUUCCAAACCUUCCCCCGGGCGAAGUGGGCCGCCCGGCACAAGCUCGUGGGCCUCCCUUUGAGGGUUCUCCAGGAACCGGUCGAGAACUUCAUUUUCGGCCGGUUGGUGUGGAUGUGUCUCGCUUCUCUAGUUCUCUUCCUCCCCGACUAUAACCCGCAAGUGGUCGCCCAAAUGGACGCCUGCGAGCGGACCUUUCUUAGGCGGGGCGCGCUAAUGGCCGCAGGGGACGAGUAUCGAGCGUUAAUCGACACCCUCGCGGCGGAGAUCGACGGCGGGCGCGCGACGUGGCCGCCGGAAGCGCGGGCCGGUGACGUCACCGUCGAAGCAAUCAGAGUUUUCAACCGGGCGACCCUGCGGAAAGUGGACCACAAAAGCGCGUGCUGUGAGGCGGCCACCGUUUUCUUGUCGACCUUCCGCGACCCCGCUGUUCUCGAACAGUGUUUACUCCCGGCCGUCGAGGCGGUGAUCCCGCUCGUGAGAAAGACCCAUGGAGAGUUUGCCGAAGGGGUCUGGGACGGGGGGGUGCAUUUGGGGCCGUCUCCAGUGGAAGACGACCCCCUCGAAACGAGUCUGAGAGCGGGACUCUCGCUGAAACACGGCCUGCGCCUCGCGGAGGCGAUCUUCGAACGCGCCGCGGAAGCGAAGCUCGAGGUGGGCGAGCGCACGCUCUGGCGCGUGCGCACGGAAGCGCUCCAGACGCUGACGUCAGUCCUCGGCCUCCUGCUGACGUCACACCGAGCGCACCCCUCAGAGCGCGCCCCGUUCUUGCGUAAGGUGGGGGAGGCAGGGGGCGUCGAGCUAACGGCCGAGAUUCUGCGGAAGGAGCCGCGGGUCCGCCUUGCGCUGGCCACGUGUCACAGGGAUAACAAUGCCACGUUGCUCAAGGAGUGGGUUCCGGGGAUGCUGGAGCUCGCGCGCGACUUGUGGGACGAGCUUGCGGCGGAGUUCUGGUUUCUAGAAUGCAGCAAUAAGAAAUGCGAGCGGGACAUGGUGGAGACAGUCAGGAAGACGUUCAAGCGGUGCAGCGGGUGCCAAAAAGCGCAGUAUUGCUCAAAAGAUUGUCAGCUUAGGCACUGGAAACACGGGCACAAGGCGGACUGCCGAAAAGUAGCUCAAUCUGCAGCGCCGGGGAAUUAGUAAGUUAUGUCUUGAGCAACACUUCGACUGAAGAGUUCAAUUGGUUGAGAGGUCGUCAGUACUUAGGUAACACUGACCGAGGCAACUGCGAGGAAAAGUUUGCGGACCCUUUCUGGUUAGGCCUGGUUUCUCUAGCAAGCAAUCUGGCCGUAACCAGACAAUCGAGGCACUACGUUCCUCUCUUGAGCCAAAAGGAAUAUGCAAGCAAACACGGUGAUUCGUUCAUGGUGGCCCUUGUGGUAUUACUGAUUCUGUUUUGACUUGAAUAUUGUUCUGGUGCACCUUGUUCAAAGAACAGAAAAGGUAUUGCGCCCUUUGUAU